AUGGUCAACUCCUGCUGCGGCUCCAGCUGCUGUGGUUCCAGCUGCUGCAGCCCCUGCUGCUGCCGCCCCAGCUGCUGUAUCUCCAGCUGCUGCCGCCCCUCCUGUGGUGGAUCCAGCUGCUGCAGCCCCUGCUGCUGCCGCCCUUCCUGCUGCAUCUCCAGCUGCUGCCGCCCUUCCUGUUGUGGUUCCAGCUGCUGUGGUUCCAGCUGCUGCCGCCCCUCCUGCUGCAGCCCCUGCUGCCCUUGCACCAGCUGCUGCCUGCGUCCAGUCUGUGGCCAAGUUUCCUGUUACACCAAUUGCUAUCGUCCAACCUGUGUCAUCUCCACCUGCCCCCGUCCCAUGUGCUGUGCCUCCCCUGACUGCCUCUACCAGGAGACCUGCUGCCAUUCCAACUGCUGCCAGACCACCUGCUACAGGACCACCUGCUGCUGCCCCAGCUGCUGUGUGUCCAGCUGCUGCAUUUCCAGCUACUGA